CUUGUUCAUCUUUUGCCCGCUUUCAGACAAUCACAAUCACCACUACAACACACGAUUUCACCUCCACCGCCAGCUGUUUGCUAUUGUGCUCGGUCUCCCUCUUAUUCACUGCUUGUCAAUAUGACGUGAAUCUCCUCUGCGCAUCUUGUUCUCAACUACCUGCACCCUUUUAGUCUACUAGAUCUGGAACAUAGUUCGCAGUUGAAGACAGACAAGACGAGCAGACAAGCAGGCACUGACUUCGACCAGAGCACGAUCUCCUCCUCCUUUUACCUCUUGACAUUUUCCUAAUACUUUUCUUUUCAAGUCGUUUCCGGUGCAGAUUCUGAAAUGGCGAGCCCAGAGAGCGGUGGUUACUCGCCGCCGGCCGAUUUAACUUCAGCGCCGACGCCAGAGCCCCAACUGACUGACCCUUCUGCGGUGGUCGAAACAAACAACACCAAUGACGUUACCUCACUUGAUCAUGCGACGCCGCCGUUACAUGACGCUGGAAUAGAGGCCGACUUCGCGGAACAACCUCAGGACACAGUACAGUCUCCGCCGCGGUCGAACGACCAGCCAGCCCCAGCGAAAGCUGUCACGCAGGCAGCGGCCACGACGAAUUCGACGCAGUCAUCCACCUCGACGCCUGCGCAAGCAAAACCACGGAUCGUCGGCGGCUUUGAAGUUGAUGAUGACCCCGAAGAAGAUGAAGGCAGCCCGGAUGGAAAUGAUGAGGGCGAUGUCUAUGAUCCGGCCGUCGGCUUGGAUUUCGAUGUCUCUACACCACCCCCUGCAAAUGCGCUUGAUAGAACUCCCCAGUCACCAGAACAAGAAAAUGGAAACACUCCUGCUCCUGUCCAGGCCACUGGUAGUCCCGCUGACAUUUCUUCUUCCACUCUUCCCGCUGCUGCCGCCGGUGUGGGUGUUGAUGCUGAUGCUGAUGCACCGACACGUACUGCAACUGCUACACCUGCUGCUCAAACUGCUUCUGAUGUUGUUCCACCUCGGCCUGAUCAUCUGUCCCACUCUCCUGUGAAUGGAGCUAUUGCUCCGGGCUUGCCCAAGUCUCGACUCGCUCAUGACGUGGUGGGUAUCUUGGAAGAUCGCAUCAAAGAAGAUCCCCGUGGCGAUAUCGAUGCGUAUCUCGAACUGAUCCAAGAAUUCAAGAGUCGAAACAAGCAAGAUGAAGUCCGCCGAGUGUAUGAGCAGUAUCUCUCAGUCUUUCCAUAUGCUGCUGAACAAUGGUGUGCUUACGUCAAGUGGGAAGAGGAGCAUGACAGGAUGCGUGCUAUGGAGACACUCUUCAACCGAUCCCUGCUUGAGGUUCUGGACGUGCAGCUGUGGACUCUGUACAUCAACUAUGUCCGUCGUCGCAACAGUAUGCAGUCUGGAGACGUUGCGCGAUCUUACAACAUCAUCAAUGACGCUUUCAGCUUCGCCCUCAAGACCAUUGGUAUGGACAAGGACUCUGGUAGCCUUUGGCAAGACUACAUCAACUUCUUGAAGUCCGGCCCAGGAACUGUUGGCGGCACAGGCUGGCAAGAUGGCGCCAAAGUAGACACUCUACGUGAGGCAUACCAGAAAGCCAUUGCGGUGCCGACGGCAGCCACCACCGUCUUGUGGAAGGAAUACGACGCGUUUGAGACUGGUUUGAGCAAAAUCAAUGGCCGGAAAUACCUGCAAGAAAAAUCGCCCAUCUACAUGACCGCCAGGACGGCAUAUACCCAGCUGCAGAACUUGACAAAAGAUCUCAAGCGGACAUCGAGGCCCAGAUUGCCCCCAGCCCCUGGAUUCGAAGGCCACGACGAAUACAUGAAACAGGUUGGCAUUUGGAAACAGUGGAUUGACUGGGAAAAGGAGGACAAUCUCGUACUCAAAGAUGAGGAUCUUCCACUGUGGAAAAGCCGAGUUCUGUUCACGUACAAGCAAGCGCUUAUGGCGCUACAAUUCUGGCCAGAGAUGUGGUACGAUGCCGUUGAGUUUUGCUUUGCCAACGGUCUGGAGAGCGACGGGACCAAACUGCUCAACCAGGGCAUUGCGUCCAACCCCGAGGCGCCUCUGCUUGCCUUCAAACUCGCCGAUCGCAUCGAGUCGUCCACUCAAAACGACGAAGGAUCGGACCCUGGCGCCAAAGAGAGGAUGAAAAAGAUACGAGAGCCCUAUGAUCGGGUGCUGGACGCCCUGUACGAAUUGGUCAAGAAAGUGGCAGCCCGGGAGAAGCAAGACAUCCAGCAGGCGGAACUUGCAACUGCAUCGAACGGAGAUGGGAACGGUUUGGGAGAAGACGAAAUCAAUGCCGCCAAUGUCACGGCGAAGAAAGCAGUCCUUGAUUCCGAGAUCGACAAGAUCAAGAAAGCCGCGCUCGCACAAACAUCCACACUCAGCCGCAUGAUCUCACACGUGUGGACUGCUUUGAUGCGUGCCACGCGAAGAGUGCAAGGUAAAGGAUUGCCUACGGACCGUGGCCCAAGCGGGUUCCGCACGGUUUUUGGCGAAGCGCGCAAGCGAGGCAAACUCACCAGCGACUUCUACGUGGAAUCCGCUCAGAUCGAGUGGCAGUGCUACCGGGACCCGACCGGAACAAAAAUCUUGGAUCGCGGCAUGAAGCUCUUCCCCGAGGACGACUAUCUUCCGCUGGUGUACAUCAAACAUUUGUUUGAAAUCAACGAUGUCACCAAUGCCCGAGCCGUGUUCGAGACGACGGUUAAGAGACUCCUUGCGCACGGAGAUGCCGAGCACACCGCCAAAGCGAAACCGCUCUUUGCUUUUCUUCAUGACCACGAGUCCAAAUAUGGCGAAUUGGCUCAGAUCCAGGCGCUUGAGGAGAGAAUGAGGAAACAUUUCCCCGAGGAUCCCACGCUCAAACUGUUCUCUAGCAGAUACAGCACGCCUACCUUUGACACCAUCAAUGUUCAGCCGAUCAUCUCCCCUCGGCAGAUGCAACCCAAACAAAACAAUAAUGCCAACGUGAUGCCUUCGAUAGAAGGACCCGAAGGGACGGUCAAUUCGCCUAUCCAAAAGGUCAUUGACUCCAUCACCACCAACUCUCCGAAACGGCCGUUUCCCGACGAUUUUGACGACGGCAUUGGACCCCGAAAGAUGGCGAGGGGCGAGUCGCCGCUCAAGGGAGCCGCUGGCCGACGCAUGAACCAACAGCAACAGCAGCAACAAAAUUAUCAACAGCAAUACCAACAGCGUGUACUACAACAACAAAACAACCCUCCACCACCACAGGCUGCAUCGUUCCCUGUUGUUCCUCCUCCUCCACUGCCUCCUGCAAUCACCUAUCUUUUAAGUAUUCUUCCAAAGGCGUCAACGUAUGUCGAGGCCAGACUCGACCCGGCGAAAAUGGUCGAGUUGAUUCGCGACGUUCAUCUUCCCCCGCCAGGCGCCGUGGGCGGCCAGUUUCCGCAGCAUCAGCAUCCUCCUCCGCAGCCCGCGGCCACUCCUGCUACGGGUUGGGGUCUCUAUCAGCAGCCUCAGCCGCAGAUUCCGCCGCAGGGAUAUAUGCCGGCCCCGGCCCCUGGGGUUUCACAGGGUCAAUAUGGAAGUGCCCCGUUUCGGUAUGCAUAAGGUGGUUCUAAAAACAGGGCAGCCAACAACAUCAUCGUCUGCCAGACGUACGAACCGCACCGGGCUGCACGGAGGCAUCUCUAACUGCUUUUCCUUGCUUGCGAUACCAUGGGUUGGGUUGACGUUGCAUUGGGUUAGGGUUGGGGUCAAUGACGCUGGAUGUUGCCAGUGAGUGCUGGAUGCUGGACAGGACGCACGGGGCACGGCACGGAGUCAUGUCCAUGAGAAUGGGUCUUGCAAUUUUUCCUCUUCAGCUAAGCUACCUAGGUAUUGGGGCAUUUUCUCCGCAUUGUAUUGUAUUGCCUCGGGUUGGCAUGGAAAGGCAUCGUCCUGGCGAUGAAAAAAUUUCUGCUCAAACAUGGUCGCUUUGCAUUCUCGCAAGAAAAAUUGCAGCGGCUUGCUUCAAUUUGGUGGAAGUCAAAUGUACAUUACAAAUAAAAACAACAACAGAGCAUCGAGCGACGAUCCCGUAUUACUAUACUACCUGGAAGUACCUGGUAUCGACGUAGACCAGUAGAGACCAUAUUCGUGGGAUAUGGGAAUCCACCCAUUAUAUUCAGCCACCUCACCAUCCCCUUUCUCGCAUCUCCUCUCACGUCCUCUCAAAACUGCUACCAUCAUACCAA